UUUUUUUUUAUAACAGCUAGAGAUUUAAUUCAAAAAGUGGCACGUACACUAAAGCAUACAAUAUAUUAAACAGAGACCAAAAAACCUGAAAAAUUAAAAUAUUUUGAGAAAUAGCAAUAAACACAACAACGUUUGUCACUGUAGGUGUGUAACCAGGAUGUUUUUCAAACUUAUCCACAUAUUAGCCCUAAAAGUGCAUUAAAUCUGAAUGUGAUUAGUGCUACCUCUAGUCUAGGAUGUCUAUUAUACGUUUGUAUUCAAUACCAGAUCAAAUUCAGUGUAUUUUUGACAAAAUUUGCGAUUUUCCUACCAUAGUUCUGGGGUCAAUGACCUCUGGUGAAUUCUACAUAAGGUCAUUGAGACUAUAGUCAGACACAAAGCUAAUUUUGCUUAUAUUUAGUACACAGGGGAUUAUAUAGGGUGUAAAUAAUAAAACAAACAGGAAAAACAUCAGUUUUAUUGCCAUAAGUGCCUUGAAACUAGAAAAUAUAGUAGAAACCUGUCUCGCUUACCCAGAAACGUCUCUGGCUUUUCCCAGGGCAUUCUCAGUACCAAAUAAUAACUUUUUGUUGAUGCCUAAGGCUAAGACUACCCUUUAAAACGCAAAAAACCAAUUGGAAACACGUUUUUCCUUGUUUUACGACAUUUUUCCCAGGGAAAGCAUCGUUUCCUGAACGCAUUACCUACCUAAUUGACGAGAGUUGUGACGCCACACGUCAAUGUCUAGGGAACAUAACCUCUUAAAAUCUCAAUAUAAACAAACAUUUCAACCCUAUAAAGGGAACUUAAUUAAAUAGUUAGGGCAUAGUAGGAUUUAUUGAACAAAAAUAUCAGCUUCAGGCACGUUAUGUCCACUGUAGCUGAGUUACAAGCUCAGCUAAAAGAGGCCCGCACCGAGAUCAACAAUUUAAGGAAAAAGCUCAGCGGUCUCCAUCACACCCACCAAAAAGACAUCAACCACAUCCGGACGACUUUAAAAACGUGGAAAUGUGCCGGGUGCCAGGAAAAACCCCAGAACCUGCACCCGAUCGGGGUAAUUUCCACGGAUUUCCCUCGGAUCCGUGGCACCCCGCGUCAACCGAGCGUCACCAAACAAAACACCGCCAAGAUCACGUUAAACAAACGGGCCUUCACUAAUCCAGAACAUUCUCUGGACGGUCUGCAAAGUUACUCGCACAUGUGGGUGAUAUUCCUGUUCCACGAGAACGAGGAACAUCCGAAGGCGAAGGUGGCGCCCCCCAGGUUAAAUGGGGUGAGGACCGGGGUGUUUUCCACUAGGAGUCCUUAUAGACCUUGUCCCAUUGGCCUCUCUCUGGUAAAAAUCCAAAAAAUCAUCAACGACACGAUAUUCUUUUACGGGGUGGACAUGAUCGACCAAACCCCCGUGCUAGACAUCAAACCCUACAUCCCCCAAUACGAUAAACCUGAGGAGGAAGUGGUGGUACCGGAUUGGAUCCAACAGGCGAACGAAGAGAGGCCUCUAAAAGUGGUUUACCUGGAAAAUGCCCUGGAGCAACUUCGCCAGUUCGGUUCAGAGGAAACCGUCCAGCUGAUCCAGAGUGUUUUACACGAGGAUCCUCGCUCGGUUUACUUAAGGAAAAAGGGCAACAACUCUGCUUACGUCCUUAAAAUAUCCGAAUUUACCGUGGAGUGUCGGUUUAAGGACCAGGAAGGUUUAGUCGAAGUGUGUAACAUCUCCAAGUAAAAAAUUGAACUUUUAUUAAAAAAAAAUAUAUUAAAUUUAUAAUAAUUUAAAAGGUAACGAAAUAAAUAAUUAAAACAAAA